UGCCAUGGCUGUGCACUACCCUAUGGCCAUUGGCCUCAACAAGGGCCACAAAGUAACCAAGAACUUGAGCAAGCCGAGGCACAGCCGCCGCCGUGGGCGCCUCACCAAGCACACCAAGUUCGUGCGGGACAUGAUCUGGGAGGUGUGUGGCUUUGCGCCUUAUGAGCGCCGGGCCAUGGAGCUGCUCAAGGUGUCCAAGGACAAGCGGGCACUCAAGUUCAUCAAGAAAAGGGUGGGGAUGCACAUCCGUGCCAAGAGGAAGCGAGAGGAGCUCAGCAACGUCCUGGCCGCCAUGAGGAAAGCGGCUGCCAAGAAGGACUGAGCAGGUCCCUGUCCACUGAGCCCUCCCUCCCCCCGAAAUAAAGGACCUUUACA